AUGAAUAUUAGUUUUUCAAGAGAUGGUAUUGAGGGUUUACCAACAUCAUCAAAAGAUGAUGAUGAUAGUGAUUUAUCAAGCAUUGAAUAUGAAGAUCUUGUAAUGGAUUCAACAGAAAUUGGUAGAGGUUCAUUUGGUCAAGUUCAAAAGGCUUCUUAUUUUGGUACUGAUGUUGCUGUUAAACAAUUAAGUUCAUUGGUUUCAAUUGACCCAGAUUAUUUUAAAUUUAUGUUAAGAGAAAUUAAAAUUUUAAAGAAUAUGAGGCAUCCAAAUAUUGUUCAAUAUAUAGGUGCUUGUUGUAAUGAAGGUAGAUAUAUGAUAGUUACAGAAUACAUUAAAGGUGGUGAUUUACAUCAAUUUAUUAAAAAGCGUGGUGUUAGUAAUAUUUCAUGGACAAUCAAAUUAAAACUAGCUUUAGAUAUUGCAUCUGCUUUUUCAUAUUUACAUUCUAAAAAAGUUAUUUUUAGAGAUUUAAAAGCAAAGAAUAUUUUAAUUGACGAAAUUGGUGACACUCUUCGUGCAAAAGUAUGUGAUUUCGGAUUUGCAAGAAUUUUUGAUAGUAAUAAAGAUAAAGCUCAAACUAUUUGUGGAUCAGAAACUACCAUGGCUCCAGAAGUUAUUGUUGGAUCAAAUUACAAUGAAAGUUGUGACAUUUAUUCAUAUGGUGUUUUAUUAUUAGAAUUAAUUUGUGGAUCGCGUGUUGUUAAAACUCAACUCAAAAGAACUCCAAUGAACGCUUUUGAUAUGAAAUUGGAUAAAGCAGAAUAUUUAGCCCCAGAACAUUGUCCAAGAGAUUUUAUUGACUUAGCAAAAUGGUGUUGUUCAUAUAGUCCAAAAGAUAGACCAUCAUUCAAGAAUAUCGUUGAGGGUCUUAAACAAUUAUCCAAUACCCCACUCUCAAGUUUAAAACCUAAAGGUAAAUCAAAACCAUAUAUUGAUUCAGAUGAUGAAGAUUUUGUUGAUCCAAAUGAAAAUAAUAGUAAUGAAGAUAUUGUAAAUAAUAAUAAUGAUAGUAAUAAUAGUCACUCUGUAAUUAUUAAAACAGAUGAACCAGAGUACAGUUCUGUAGUUUAUAAAGAAGAUGCAAUUGACCAACCUUUACCAAACAUUGACUAUGGUGGUUUAAAUAACAGAAAGAAUAAUAUUUUCAACCCAUCAUUUUUCACACCACCACCAGGCUCCAAACCACUUCCAAAGGAGGAAGAGGAAGAGGAUGCUCACACCCUUUCAUAUUCCCUUUCUUUUGAUCAAAUUAAAUAUCAUGGUAGUCAUUCAAAAUCUUUAUCUUCAACUAUUAGCACUCCAAAUUUAAUAAGCAAUCCAAUAGAACGUGAUCCACCAAAACCACUUUCACAAUCCGCAAGUGCAACUGUAUUGGGUGGUGUUCCUCCACAGCAACAAAAUAAAAAAAGAAAGAAUAAGAAUAAAAAUAAGAAAAAAUAA